ACAAAAAUCGGUUAAAACGCAUGUAUCUGCGCGUAAAACGCAGCUAUCCAAGUGUCUUCCUGCAACUCCAAACACCAUAAAAGCGUUGCAAUGGAAAAAUCAAAGAACUUCAGGAUCGACGCACUUCUGGCUGAAGAACCACGUCGAGGGACCCAAGAAGUAUCACCCGGACUGAGCAGCGACAGCCCGACGGGCAGCCCGGUGUCCUGCAGGCGCGCCGACACUCCAUCCCCGCGCGGGACCCCCGGUGCCAUACACCUCCAAACCGGAAUCAUACCUAAACCAGGGCUGCUCAAUCUCCCACACCCAGGACUCACUUCGCUUCCAGGCAUGUACACGACGCCCAUGUACCCCAUUUCAGCUUUGGGAGGUCAGCACCCUGCCCUGGCGUACUCGGGUUUUACGCAGCUGACACAGCCGUACCAUGAGCAGCUGAAGGUGGCGGCGAUGGCCGGAUCUUUACCGCUGGAGCACUGGAUACGAGCUAGCAUCAUGGUACCACGACUGCCCGAAUACACCUGUGAGUGGGGUAGCAUUCAGAUGACCGCCCCUCAGUCCGGUUUGAUGGGUAAAUGUCGUAGGCCUCGGACAGCAUUCACCAGUCAACAGCUACUGGAGCUGGAAAACCAGUUUAAACUUAACAAGUACCUUUCCAGACCCAAACGCUUCGAAGUGGCCACAUCGCUCAUGCUGACUGAGACACAGGUCAAGAUCUGGUUCCAGAACCGCAGAAUGAAGUGGAAACGCAGUCGUAAGGCUAAAGAACAGGCCGCACAGGUCCAGGUCAAUCGUCAACGCGGGGGAACCAAAUCGACCAAUGAGAGGCCAGGAAGAGACAGUAAAAGGGGCAUCGCUCAGAGUGUGGAGGAGCACGAGGAAGAGGACGACAUUGAGGAGGAUGAUGAGGAAGAUGAGGAGGAAGGGCAACACAAAUUCAUAAACGACAACCUUGAUGUACCACAUUCCACAGACUUUCUGCACCACGCCUCUGCGUUAAGAUACCACCCUGACAGCCCGUUCUCUGAGGACGACAUGGAGGAGGUGGGAGGAGGCGACAGGAAGAUUGGGGCGGGGUUAUGAAAAGAUAUUUAUAUGGAAACUGAAACUGCAUAAAUUCACAGCAGCAUUACAGCCCUGUUCUGUGGUCUGACUGUGGCAACAGUAAAAUUAAAGAACAGAGACUAUAAAUGCCAAAAUAUUUAGCCACCCAAAGUCACACGAAAAGCCAAUCACCAGAAUGAAUUUCACCGAUAUUUGAUGGUGUUGGUAAGUAUAGGUGUCAAUGAAACUCAUACAGAGUAAACAUUAAAUAUAAUAAUAAACAUUCAUGCUGUGUUCCAAAACUUGUAGACAAGCAAAGGGCAUCACAGAAUCUCUCUCUCUCUCUCUCUCUCUCUCUCUCUCUCUACACACACACGCACGCACGCACGCACACACACACACUACUGUUCAAAAGUAUGGGGUUAUCAAGAUUUUUUUGAAG